GGCCGCCGUUGCCAAGCGCCGCCGCCUUCCCCUCACACCGGCACCGGCGCCGGGCCUGCGCUGCGCGGCCGCGCCACCAUGAAGGCCAUCGUUCAGCGGGUGGCCCAGGCCAGUGUCACAGUGGGCGGUGAACAAAUAAGUUCAAUAGGACGAGGCCUCUGUGUGCUGCUGGGCAUUUCUUUGGAAGAUACACAAAGAGAGCUGGAGCACAUAUGCUGCAGAUUUGUAGAAGCUAAAAGAAGAAACCAAAGACAGGAGAGUGGCAUGCAUGCAGUCUUGUUAUCAAUCAAAGUCCAGCCAUAGACUACGUUGCAGGGUUCGAAAGAUCUUGAACUUGCGAGUAUUUGAAGAUGAAAGUGGAAAGCACUGGUCCAAAAGCGUGAUGGAUAAACAGUAUGAAGUAUUGUGUGUGAGCCAAUUUACUCUGCAGUGCAUUCUGAAAGGAAACAAGCCCGACUACCACAUGGCAAUGCCCACAGAGCAGGCGGAAUGUUUUUAUAACAACUUCCUAGAGCAGCUAAGGAAAGCCUACAAACCAGAGCUUAUUAAAGAUGGCAAGUUUGGUGCCUACAUGCAGGUACACAUCCAGAACGAUGGUCCUGUAACAAUAGAACUGGAGUCCCCGGCUGCCGCAGUUGACCCUAAACAGCUGACAAAACUUGAAAAACAGCAACAAAGAAAAGAGAAGACUAGAACCAAGGUGCCCUCUGAGUCAAGUAGAGAAAGAAAUGCCCCUCGUAACAAGGAUGACCCCAGCGCAAGCAGUGGAGCAGAAGGAGAUGUGUCUUCGGAAAGAGAGCCUUAGCUCACCCAAAAGAGUCCUCAGUUUCUCAUACAAAAGCUACACUGGAUUCUUGAAGAGAGAGACCCAAUAGACAUUCACCUCAGCACCAUUCUUCAGUGACUUUGGAACAGAGUGGAAGAUGGGAAAACAGAACUAAAGCGUUAGAAACUUACAUCAUUCUGUAUUGAAACAACCAAAGCAAUGCUAUCAGAUUCAGUUGUUAAUGUGUAGUAUCAGUAGUAAAAAGGACUUGUACCAUUUUUGUGUAUGUGUUUUCACUUGACUGCUGAAUAAAAGGUGACUAUAGGCAGAUUGUAGCAGAACAUUCACCAUCAGUACAUAAGCUCCAUUUCAAAAAUAAAUCAGGGGUUUUCCUUAAACUUACACUUGAAUUCUGAAAAUGAUCCAAACAGGCUUGUAUUUUGAUUCUCACUCUAUGGUGUCAUGUGCUACCUGUUUCCAUGACAGCGUGUAGAUCUGUGUAUAUUUUGGUAUAUUGUUUAGAUGCUAUGUAGCACCAAGUUAGCCAGUCCAGUCUUUCUGCAUGGAUUGUUAUUAAAAGGAAAAAUCAGCCGCUAGUCGUUUAUCAUGUGGAACAUAUCUGUCUUGUAAACUUUUUUAAAAACAGGAAAGACUUUAUUAAACAAAUUAUGCUA